AUGGAACCACUCCGGCAGCAGCAGUGGACUUGGGACGACUACCGGACCUGGAACGACGACCAGCGUUGGGAGCUGAUCGCAAGCGAGCCGUAUUGCAUGUCGCCGAGCCCAACCAGUCGCCAUCAGGCGAUCGCGCUCGACCUCGGCGCAUGGAUGGCGCAACACUUCAAGGACAAGACCUGCCGGCCGCUCAUUUCGCCGAUGGACGUCAAGCUAUCGGACCACGACGUUGUGCAACCGGAUCUGCUGGUGGUAUGCAAUCCCUCACAGAUUCGCCCAACCCACAUCGAGGGGGCGCCAGCGCUGGUGGUCGAGAUCCUCUCGCCCUCUUCCACUCGCCACGACCGAGUACGCAAACUGGGUCUCUAUGCUCGCUCCGGCGUUUCGGAGUACUGGUUGAUCCAACCCUACCCGGCGCUGGUCGAGGUCCUGCAGCUCGACGGUGAGGGCUACCGUAUUGCCGGGGUCUACACCGAAGCCGACCGUCUCCAAAGCCCCAGCUUCCCCGAGCUGACUUUGGACUUGGCCGAGAUCUUCACCCUGCCGGUACUGCCGGAAGAGCUGAUCGACGAGGUUCGCGAGUCGGCGCCGCCGGCGUAUGCGUCGGGAACGGUCGAGGUCUAG